GCGAAUCCAAACUUCAAUCUGAUCGUGGCGACCAGCGAUGGCCACCGAAGCGUCGUGGACGAGCGAUGAGUGGCGGACCAAGCUACUGCACUGCUGCGGCUCGCGCCGGUGGGUAGAGCUCAUGUUCGCCCAGCGUCCGUUCGCGUCUCUCGAGGAUCUUUUGGCCAAGGCCAGGACGGUCGACGCCCAGCUUGGGCGCGCCGACUGGCUCGAGGCCUUUGCGGCGCAUCCCGAGAUCGGCACGAAGACGCAGACGAUCUCCACGUGGGAGGCGCAGGAGCAGAGCGGGGCAGCGCAAGCCGCGGCCGCCACGCUGGACGAGCUCAGCGCGUGCAACCAAGCGUACAAGGCCAAGUUUGGCUACAUCUACAUCGUCUGCGCGACGGGCAAGUCGGCGGCCGAGAUGCUCGCGAUCGUGCAGGAUCGGCUGCGCCACUCGCCCGCGUCGGAGCUCGUUGUCGCCGCCCAGGAGCAGGCCAAGAUCACGCAAAUCCGACUCACCAAGCUUCUCGCCGAGACGUAAUGCACUCGAUCGCUGUGUGUUUAUAUCGCAA